AUGGAGGCAGAAGCAAUGGCGUUACUAGAGGGUAUGCAAACCUCAUCAAGUUUUCAACUCCUACAAGUCAAAAUGGACUCCCAGGUGUUGCUGAAUAUGGUGAAUGGCGGGGGUAGGGUGCCUUGGAGGUUAUGGGGAACGGUCUCUCGUAUCAAAUCUCUAGCGCUGGGUCAUCAGAUCGCCUUCACUCACGUCUACAGAGAAGCGAAUUCAGUUGCAGAUGCCCUGACAACUCUGGCAAGUUCCACGCGUGUCCAUCAAAGUUUCACUCACUCCACACUUCCGGACCACAUACGGCGGUUAGCCUGCCUAGAUAGGGUUCAGAUGCCUUAUGUGCGUUUGGCUUAG